UGACUCGUUAGUCAAAAGAGAGAAAAUUCUGAAUGAAGACAAGGCAUUGGCUUCUUUUAUAAUUCGUCGCGUGAUAUUUCUACGGAGGACGCCGUUUCGAAUGCGGGCUUAUUGUCCGACAGCGGAUAUACGCUUCACGCAUGCGCUAGUCAUUGUGGGCUCAAAUAGUGGCCAGUAAUUAAUAAACGGAGCAUGCGCUCUGGAUCUCCCGUCCACGAUCGUGGACAGCGGUUUGACCAAACGAACUUGCGCAUGGCAGAGGUAUCUUUUCCUCGCGAACGCCAGCCUUGCAAAAUACAGAGAAAAGAGGCCUCUGCUAGCAGGGAACAUCUUUCUGCGUUUAAAAUAUUAAUGACGUGGUCGAAAUCAGCGCCAUCCAUAAUAGAGAGUCUAGUGCUUUUACUUGUUGUGGUGCUCAUGCAAGCUCCUAUAUUGGUGAUUGGGUGUAACAGCAGCAUUGAAAUCACUCUCGUGGAUGAGAACAAAAAUGAGACACACUGUAGGAGCUGUGACUUGACACACUGUGACCUGGGAUUCGGUUUCAGUGUGAGAUGUGGAGGUACCUACACAAUAGACACAAGAGUAGAGUGCGUCCCUUGCAUAGCUGGCACAAAUUUCUCAAAUGUUAGAGACUAUAGCAUGUGCCAGGCUUGUACAAUCUGUGGUGAAAACAGAUUGAAAACAGGGAAGUGUGAUGUGGAAAAAGACACCACUGUUUGUCUGCCCAAGUGUAACGAAGGGCAUUACUUUGAUAAUAGCACUGCAAAGUGUCUGGCAUGUGAAAAGUGUUGCCAUGAUGGCAAGGAUGUCCAUGUCUCAAGUUGUGCCAAAAUUUCUGGAAAAAACUGCAAGACCCGGGACCCUUGUACCACUCCACCAAGCACUGAUAGCAAAGAGCAUUUACAAGACCAUCCUAUUUCUGGAUGGAAAAUUGCUUUUAUAGUAACUUGCUGCCUACUGGUAGUGUUGCCCAGAUUGGGGCGAAAGGUUUUAAGUAGGUGUCGUAGGACACUUUAUCGGCCGCGAUCAAGACACUUGAUGCAGAGGGUUGUGAAUGGAGCUACUAACAAUAAUCUAGAAAAUAUUGCCACUCAAGCACGUAGAAAUUCGGAUCCUACUCCUAGGGACUGUCCAGAUUCCAGGCGAAGCUCUACUGGUUUUGGCCGUUCACAGUCACAUCCUGGAGCCAAUAAUUCAUCCCCAUGCUCUUAUUCAGAUAGUUGUGCAAAAACCUACAGUGUUGAUGGGUUAAAAAGCUAUUUGACAAGGAAACUCAAAGGCUAUGAUAAAAUCCAAAAUGAAACCCAGGGAGCAAUCUGUUCGCAGCAAGGACCAGAAGAUGAGUUUCAAUGUGAGAUGCAGGUAGAAAGCAGCUUGCAGCCAUUACCCGAAGAAGCGCAAGCUAAUGGUCAAGCUGGUCAUGGUUGCAUUGGAGAUGAGCAUUCAUUGGCAAUAAGACAGCCUCCUCCCCAAACACAAAAUAUGCAGAUGCUUCAAAUGGUUACCUUGUACCAUGCUUCAAAUGGUAACCUCGAACUUAAUAACAUUGUUGGCGGGAAUGAGGGCAGGAUAAUAACUCCUGAAAAAAGUGAAACAUUGGACCAAAUUCUGCGUGAACACUGUGGAGAUGCUGUUUUCAACAAUCCUGAAGUAGAGGUGAAACUCCAACACCUUCCAGAGAAAAAACUUAAUUCAAGUAUUGGGGAGCUUCCAGCACACGAAAGACGUGUAGUUUGUACCAAAUUAAACGUGAAACACGAAUUUGACCAAAAUGAUUUUCGAAUGCUUGGAGAAUGCAUUGGUUUCGACUUGGAACAAAUCACUUUAUUGGAUCAGCGAUCUAAAAAUCCAAUGCAUGACAUUUUUUUCUAUCUGAUGCAUCGCGGUUGCUCGGUCAAAAGACUUGUAUAUAUCUUACUUUUGCCAUAUUUUAACAGACAAGACGUUGCAGAUGUGCUUAUUGAAUGGUGUGCAAAAAGUGAUAAAAAUUACGCAGAAUAACCAAAAUUAAUCAUCAUGGUUUAUAAAAUGACCUCUGAGGAAAACUCUGAUUCCACCUAAAAGCAUGCGCGCGCACUUGAAACCUGCCUUCUAACUACCUUCGUGCAAAAUCGCGCGUUGCACUCUAGUAGGUUUCUAUGGUAAUGUGCGGGACUUUACGGGAGAACUAUAUAUACGAAACGGGAAAACUGACUCGAAGGCCUAUAUCUGUUUGUUGACAUGCGCAGCUACUAGAGCUGUACAUCUUGAAGUCGUUUCAGAUUUAUCAGUCAAAACAUUCAUUCUCGCCGUACGUAGAUUCGCAAGCCGCCAGUCCAUUCCAGACGUUAUCAUUUCUGAUAAUGCCAGUACCUUCCAAUCGGCGGCUACUGAACUCGAGCACCUGUUUAAUUCGCCAACGCUCAAACAGGAGCUCGGCAAACAAGGGAUAGAUUGGAAGUUUAUCCUGAAAAGAGCUCAAUGGUAUGGAGGGUUUUGGAAGAGGCUGAUCGGCCUCACGAAGACGACGCUGAAGAAAGUCCUUGGCCGAACAUCCAUCAACUUAGUCACUCUCCAGACGGUUGUCAUGGAAAUUGAGGCUAUCCUUAAUGACCGCCCACUAACAUAUGUCUCUCCUGACAUAAAUGAUGAAGACCCUCUCACACCAUCCCAUAUACUGUAUGGAAGGAGGAUUACCAGUCUCCCACAUCCUGACACUGAUGCGGACGAACUAACUGACCCGAGCUAUGGAAACGAUGAUCAUCUCCGAAGGGAUGCUACCCGUGUAGCACUAGUUAUACAACACUUCUGGCAGCGCUGGAAGCAGGAGUACCUCACUUCGCUGCGGUGCUUCCAUGGCGCAACAGGUGGCAGCGGUGAAACACGCGUCAAGAUAGGAGACGUCCAGAUCCACAGCGAGAAAAAAGAGGUUGAAGUGGAAACUAGGCGUAGUGGAAGAUCUGAUUAGAGGUGCCGACGGAUGUGUACGGGCUGUAACCUUAAAAACAGCUAAGGGUCACACGAACAGACCUAUCUCCAAGCUAUAUCCCCUUGAGAUUACUACUGAUGUUGGGGAAACUGCAGACGCGCAGACAGGAGGUCAGCUCCAGUCCAACCAACCUAUCAGGAGAAGCAUGCGAAUUACAGCUGCCACAAGGGACCGCAUCGCAGACUGUGCCCGGCAACUACGCGCCCCCCGGAGGAUGUCUGAGCUCAUAUAUAACUGACAUUCAUAGAUUGACAUUAUCGUUAUUAUUGUUAUUGGGUUCCCUGUGGGCAUGAUGUCACGUGAUUGAUGAGCCCACGAGGGAUUUGUUGAGUUCAUAAAAAAACCAUUCAGACAAGCACUCUUUCCGUAGUUAAUCGUAGUUUUAAUCCCCCAACACGCCGAUACAAUAAUUAAUAUAAUACUGUUGUUUAUUCUUGUUGUCUUUAAUAAUUAGGCCAAGUAAAAUAAAACAAAUGUUUCCCGUCCGGAUUUCUAGAAAAAAAAAAAUGAGUUGACAGGUGGCUUAUUAUUUUUUAUGUAUUUUUGUGACGAAAGGCCUUAUGGGGCCUCUCGUCACUAUGCCAUCGGUUUGAGUGAGUGAAAGAAAGAGUUGUAAACAAUAGAAUUUCACUUGAAGCAGGCGUUCCUAGCGGUCAUUCAUCGAACACGUGAUCGUCGUCGUAGAUGUCGCUGGCGAAGAGGGAUCGGAUUGAUUUCGAAUUACGACGUUGUUUUGAAUUAUAGUCCACGAGCAAAAAAUGAUUGGAGUCAAACAUGUGCUUUCUCUUCGCACUUCUCGUUUGAUUUCACGAGCUCUUGUGAAGACAACAACAACUCAACAAAGCUGACGACUCACCAGGUAAGAUAUAUAUUUCUUUGUUGUGUAAAGCAUAAUAAACAAUGUGUUUGCAAUGACUAAAAUAAGUUCUAUUCUUUCAGAUGUUCAACUAGAGGGUUUUGUUCAUAGCCUAAGUCCUGUUAAGCAUGCGAAAAAAAAAACAGAAAACCAUACUUUGACUGUCUUGUCCAAACUGGAGAAGCUGAAAAGGUCCGUGCCGUGUGCUAUGACCCACAGCUAAGAAAAAAUCUCCUUGAACCAUACCAAAA